AUGUCCAAGAUCAUCGACACGCUCAACGCCUACAUCGAGCGAGGCCAGCCCUUCUACUCCUUUGAGUUUUUUCCACCCAAGACCGAUGAGGGGGUGCGAAACCUGCAGGAGCGCCAGCGCCGGAUGGUGAAACUGGGCCCCGCCUUCUGUGACAUCACCUGGGGAGCUGGGGGCUCCACUGCUGAUGUCACCCUGGAGGUUGCAGGGGCCAUGCAGCAGGAGAUCGGCAUGAACACCAUGAUGCACCUGACCUGCACCAACAUGUCGAUCGAGAAGCUGCACGAGAGUCUGGAGAAGGCCAAGUCUAUGGGCAUUCGCAACAUCCUGGCCCUGCGAGGUGACCCGCCCAAGGGCGAGACGAGCUUCACUGCUGUGGAUGGCGGUUUUGCAUGUGCCCUCGACCUCGUCAAGUACAUCAGGCAGGAGUAUGGCGAUUACUUUGGCAUCUGCGUGAGCGGUUACCCCGAGACCCACCCCGACCUCAUCGUGGACGAUCCCGUGGCAAUGGAGGCCAACUACCGGAGCGACCUGGCCUACCUCAAGGCCAAGGUGGAGGCCGGCGCCGACUUCAUCAUCACCCAGCUCUUCUAUGAUGUCGACUGCUUCCUCGCCUUCAUGCGUGACUGCCGCGUCGAGGGCAUCGCCGUGCCCAUCCUGCCUGGCCUCAUGCCGCUCAUGACCUAUGGCGGCUUCAAGCGCAUGACCGCCUUCUGCAAGACGCGGGUGCCCGCCCACAUCGCGGCCACCGUGGAGGCGCUGAAGGACAACGACGAGGCGAUCAAGGCCUACGGCAUCUCCCUCGGCACGCUCAUGGCGCAGCGGCUGCUGGACGCCGGCGCGCCCGGCAUCCACAUGUACACCCUGAAUCUGGAGAAGUCGGCGGUGGGCAUACUGCAGCACGUGGGCCUCGUCAAGGUCGAGCCCGAGGCGGAGGAGGCGGAGGAGCCGCAGCGUCUGGCGGCCACUGCUUGA